AGCGCGCGGGGGCCGGGCCGGGCCGGGGGCGGCAGCGCCGGGACCCGCCCUUCGCCCGGGGACCCUCGCGCGGGGAGCCCCCAGCGCCGCCCCACAGCGCGGGGGGGGGGAGGGCAGCGCUCCGGGGAAACCCCCCCCGGCACCGCCUCCCCGCGCGCCGGGCCUGGGCCCCCCGCGGAUGAGGCGGUGAGGCCGCGGCCCUUCCCCCGCCCCUUCCCGGGGCCUCCCUUCCCCUGCCGGGUCUCCCCCUCCCUCCCGCCUCCGCCGGGGCCUCGCGGCCCGCUCCCCAUGUAGGAGGGAGGGCCGAGGCCCCGGGGCGGGCGAGGAGGGAGUUCGAGGGAGUUUGAAGCCCCGGGGGGGGUUCCCAGGAGUUUCUCCCUCCCCCCCCCUCCCCUCUCGGCCGUUCCCGAGCGCGGCGGGGCAAGGAAGGAAUGCCCAACCCGGAGAGACAUGGGGGCAAGAAGGACGGCGGCGGCGGGGCCUCGCAGGCGGGCGGCUCCAACAGCAGGGACAGGCACCGCGCGGGCUCCCGGCACAAGAGGCACAAAUCCCGGCACUCCAAGGAGUCCCCGCUGGCCGCCCAGGAGGCGGCGGCGCCCCUGGGAGCCGUGAUCAAGCCGCUGGUGGAGUACGACGACAUCAGCUCCGACUCGGACACCUUCUCGGACGACGUGGCCCUGCGGCCGGACAGGAGGGACAGCGAGGACAGGAGGGAGCGCGGCGAGAGGGCGCAGAAGCACCGGCACCACCAGCACAAGCGGCUGCGGGAGCUGAUGAAGAGCAGCAAGCAGGCGGAGAAGGACAGGAAGCUGGAGAAGGGCCUGGAGGCCUCCGGCAGGUCCGCCAAGGAGAGGGUCUCGGGAUCCUCCAAGAGGCUCCCGGAGAGCGACGAGCACCCCAAGGCUCCCUCCUCCAAGGGCAGCAACAAGGAAUCGCGCUCGGCCAAGGCGCACAAGGAGAAGUCCAGGAAGGAGCGGGAGCUCAAGUCCAGCCACAAGGAGCGCGGCAAGAGCCACCGCAAAAGGGACGCCCCCAAGAGCUACAAAACCCUCGAGAGCCCCAAGCGCAAGUCGCGGAGCCCCCACAGGAAGUGGUCGGACAGCCCCAAGCUGGACGACAGCCCCUCGGGAGCCUCCUACGUGCAGGAGUACGAGCUGAGCCCGCCGCGCUCGCACACGUCCAGCACCUACGAGCCCUACAGGAAGAGCCCCGGCGGUUCCUCCCGCCGCCAGUCGCUCAGCCCGCCCUACAAGGAGCCCGUGGGCUACCAGUGCAACGCCCGCUCGCCCAGCCCCUACAGCCGGCGGCAGCGCUCCCUCAGCCCCUACGGCCGCCGCCGCUCGUCCAGCUACGAGAGGGGCAGCGGCUCGUACGGCGGGAGGUCCCCCAGCCCCUACGGGCGCCGCCGCUCCAGCAGCCCCUUCGCCUCCAAGCGCUCCGUCAGCAGGAGCCCCAUCGCCAGGAAAUCCGUGAAGUCCCGGAGCCGCAGCCCUGGCUACUCGAGGCACUCAUCUCACAGCAAGAAGCAGAGGUCUGGGUCCCGCAGCCGCCAUUCCAGCAUCUCCCCCAGCAGGCUCCCGCUGAACUCCAGCCUGGGAGCGGAGCUCAGCAGGAAGAAGAAGGAGCGAGCGGCCGCGGCGGCGGCUGCGGCCAAGGUGGACGGCAAGGAGGCGAAGGGCUCGCCGGUGUUCCUGGCCAGGAAGGAGAACAGCCUGGCCGAGCUGAAGGAGGCUGGAUCGGAGUCUAAAAAGGCCACCAAAACUGCUAAGUUGGAGAAAGCUCCGCCAGAGCCCGAGUCGGUGAAUUUACUGCACAGCAACGCCGAGCCCAAGGGCCCCGCCGAGCCCGCCAGGGCCCGGCCGGAGGAGAACGCGGAGCGCAAACAUCCCCUCCCGGCUCGGGACUCCAAACCCUCGGGAACAAAGGACUCCAAGGCCGGAGCGGCGGCGGAGGACCUGGUAUCUCCAAAGGAGACAGACACAGCGGAGAAGGAGAUCCCACCGCCCCCCCUGCCCUCGAUAAGUCCCCCUCCGCCCCUGCCCACCACCACCCCUCCACCUCCCACUCCGCCGCUGCCGCCUUUGCCUCCGUCUCCCGCCGUGCCGCCUUUGCCUCCAGCCCAAGUGACUCCUGUGCAGGCCCCUCCUCCGGCCCCAACGUCUUUGCCAUCCUCCUCCCACCCAAGGACGUCUACUUUAUCCUCUCAGGUGAACUCCCAGUCCUCUGUGCAGGUGGCUACAAAAACCCAAGUGUCUGUGACGGCUGCUAUCCCACACCUGAAAACUUCCACCUUGCCUCCGCUUCCGCUGCCCCCUAUUUUAGUUGGGGAAGAUGACUUGGAUAGUCCAAAGGAGAUCCUCCCUCCGAAGCCUGUGAAGAAGGACAGAGAGCAGAGACCACGCCACCUCCUCACGGACCUCCCGCUCCCCCCGGAGCUCCCCGGGGGGGACCCCUCUCCUCCCGACUCCCCGGAACCAAAGGCAGCCACACCACCUCAGCAACCCUUCAAAAAGAGACCAAAAAUCUGUUGUCCUCGGUACGGGGAGAGGAGGCAGACGGAGAGCGACUGGGGCAAGCGCUGUGUGGACAAGUUUGACAUCAUUGGGAUUAUCGGAGAGGGCACCUACGGGCAGGUCUACAAAGCCAAGGACAAGGACACGGGUGAGCUGGUGGCCCUGAAGAAGGUGCGCCUGGACAACGAGAAGGAGGGAUUUCCCAUCACGGCCAUCCGGGAGAUCAAAAUCCUGCGGCAGCUCAUCCACCGCAGCGUCGUCAACAUGAAGGAGAUCGUCACGGACAAACAAGAUGCACUGGAUUUCAAGAAGGACAAAGGUGCCUUUUACCUUGUGUUUGAGUACAUGGACCAUGACCUAAUGGGGCUGCUAGAAUCUGGCUUGGUACAUUUCUCAGAGGACCAUAUCAAGUCUUUCAUGAAACAGUUAAUGGAGGGUCUGGACUAUUGUCACAAAAAGAACUUCCUUCAUCGAGACAUUAAGUGCUCCAACAUCCUGUUGAACAACAGUGGGCAAAUCAAACUCGCAGACUUUGGACUCGCCCGACUCUACAGCUCGGAGGAGAGCCGGCCCUACACCAACAAAGUGAUUACCUUGUGGUACCGACCCCCGGAGCUGCUGCUGGGGGAGGAGCGUUACACCCCUGCCAUCGACGUGUGGAGCUGUGGCUGUAUCCUCGGGGAACUGUUUACAAAGAAGCCUAUUUUUCAAGCCAAUCUGGAACUGGCUCAGCUUGAAUUAAUCAGCCGGCUCUGUGGGAGCCCCUGCCCAGCUGUGUGGCCAGAUGUGAUCAAGCUGCCCUACUUCAACACUAUGAAGCCCAAGAAGCAAUACCGGCGGCGCCUGCGCGAGGAGUUCUCCUUCAUUCCCUCGUCUGCUCUGGACCUGCUGGACCACAUGCUGACUCUGGACCCUGGCAAACGCUGCACAGCAGAGCAGGCCCUGCACAGUGACUUCCUGAAGGACGUUGACCUCAGCAAGAUGGCACCUCCUGACCUCCCCCACUGGCAGGAUUGCCACGAGCUGUGGAGCAAGAAGCGCCGGCGGCAGCGGCAGAGCGGGAUGGCCGUGGAGGAGCCUCCGGUGUCAAAAGUUUCUCGGAAAGAAACUACCUCUGUUACAAGCACAGACACUGUGAAAAACAACAGCAGUCCUGUGCCCCCCCAGCCUGCCCAGCUCAAAGCAGAGCCAGGGGCUGCAGAUGCAGUAGGCCUCGGGGACAUCACCCAGCAGCUGAACCAGAGCGAGCUGGCCGUGCUCCUGAACCUGCUGCAGAGCCAGACCGACCUGAGCGUGCCGCAGAUGGCCCAGCUCCUGAACGUGCACUCGAACCCCGAGAUGCAGCAGCAGCUGGAGGCCCUCAACCAGUCCAUCACGGCGCUGACCGAGGCCACGGCGCAGCACCACGAGCCCCCGGCGGCGCCGCCAGAGGAAGCCAUAGAGGAGCCCCCUCCGGAGGUGCCGGAGGAGCAGCAGACUCCGGACGCAGCCAGCGCUCAGGGAGACAUGCAGAACGUGCUGGCGGUUCUGCUGAGUCAGCUCAUGAAGAGCCAGGAGCCCGGGAUCCCAUCCCUGGAGGAGAGCAACGGGGAGAAGAGCAGCGAGCAGCGAGCGCCCCGGAAAACCCCGCCCAGGCACCCGGAGGAGAGCUCAGCGUGUCCUCCCGGCAUUGUCCCUCCAGAGAAGAGACCCCCCGAGCCCCCCGGACCGCCGCCGCCUCCUCCCGUGCCCGAAGGGGAUCUCUCCGGAGCAGCCCAGGAGUUGAAUCCGGCCGUGACGGCUGCGCUGCUCCAGCUCCUUUCCCAGCAGGACACGGAGCUGCCCGGCCACGCCACGCAGGAGCCCCCGGCCCCGAGGGACUACGGCCGCCCCCAGCCCUCCAGGACUUACAGCGCCGACGGCUCCGAGGGGGGAUUCGGUGCCGAGGAGCUCAACUCGGGCCAGACUCUUCUAGAACCUUCUGCCCAGCCCCUGGGGAAAAGCAGGACCUUCUUGGGCUCCGUGAGCCACCUCGGCGAGACCAGCAACUACCAGGGCACGGGCUCGGUGCAGUUCCCAGGGGACCAGGACCUGCGUUUCGCCAGAGUCCCCGUCGGCCUCCACUCGCUCGGGCAAUCCUUCGGCAAAUCCGAGGGGAGCAGCAGCAGCAGCAGCAGCAACAACGCGCUGGGACACGCCGAGGCCAAAAUCCAGAGUUACGGCGAGUUGGGGCCGGGAACGGCCGGAUCCAGCGGGGCAGGGACGGGGCCCGGCUGGGGAGCCCCAAGCCAGGCACCGUCGUCCUACGGGAAGGCGUUCCGAGGGCCUGGCAGAGUGCCUCCGAGGGGGGGCCGCGGCCGGGGGGUUCCCUACUGACCAUUCCCCCCCUCGCCUCUCCUCCUUCAGCCACAGGACUCGGUUUCCUUGGGGGUUUUUGGGGUUUUUUUUUUUUUUUGGCCAGAGCGAGGUCUCAUCCACAUUUCAGCUGCUGCGGAGCUCCCUGUGCAUCCCUCCCUCCCUCCCGCCCUCCCUCGGGAUGUGCCGCAGCUCCCGCCGGGGCCAGACCCUCCCGUGCUGGGUUAGUGAUAAAAAACAGUCCCAAACUGAGCCAGGGGAGAGGGGGGGAUCGAUGGAAAAAUUGGAAUGAGAGGAAGAAGCUAAAAAAAGGAAAAAAGCUGUUUCCCAGUGGUCAGGGAGGGCUGGGGGGAGGCUGCUUCCCAAAGCAAUUAUUUCUUUUGUUUAUUUUCCCCAUUUCCUUAAGAAACAAACAAACAAACAAAAAAACAAAUUAAAAGGGGAAUAUUUUGAUGCAGAGGCACCUGGAGGGGUUAUCCCAGCGCUGGGGGCCUGGGAUGUGAUGCUGGUUGUGCUCAGUUGGGUUUUUUUCCAUAAGGCCUCCAGUUUUCCCUCUGCUCCGGGGCCAGGUGCUGUCCCCUGUGACAGCAGCCUUAGUACACUGAAUUUUGGGAAGGGUCUCUGGAGGUUGAACCCCUCCUGCUGUAACUUUGCAGCGGGAAUUGUCUUAUUUUUCCUUAUUUUUUUUUUUUUUUAAGAGCCGAGGCGAACACCUCCCUGACAAACAGGGAUUUCUGUCACUUGUAACUUCCAGAAAAGAAUUAAAAAAAAAAAAAAAAAAAGGAGACAAAAAUCCAGCUCCUGGUGGGAUUUGUCCCCAGAAUCCCGGGCUGGUGCUGCCCACCCUGCCGAGGUCGGUCACGUCUCAGCCCUGGGAGGUUUUCCCAGGUGUUCCUGUGUCAUUUCUACGAGCAUAUUUCUAUUUUUGUUGGUGGUCGAGGAAGUAUUUACGAUGAAUUUUUCUCCUCCCCGCAGACCCUUGCGCUGUUCAUUUCAAUGAGACUUAAAAAGAGAUGAAUAAAACAAAGGUACCUAUUUAUCAGCUUUUUUUGUUUCUGAGUAGGCCUUUCCUAUGGAAAACACUGAAUUUUAGAGCCGACAGUUCUGGAGUGUUAAAGGGGAGGGGAGGGUAAAAUCCAGGGUGUGGGGGGGGCCUUGCUACUAACAGGAUUUAAUUUCUUUUUAUACAGAGAGAGAAAUUUAAAUAAAUGCACCUGAAUAGGUGAUGCUUCUCCACCUGGGGAAAUCCUGCCUUACCCAGCUGUGCCGAGGGGAGGAAGGAGGGGAGAGAAAAGUCGCUAUAAAUGGAUAUAUUUUGUGUUUAGUUUGCUGAGUUCCCACUGGCAAUCUGUGGGGUGUUUUUUUUUUGUUUUGGUUUGUUUGUUUUGUUUUUUUUUAAUUGUUAGUUCAUCCUGAUGUGCAGAGAGGAAAGAAAGAGAAGUUCUGUGAGACACACAGUGCACUGAACCCCCCAGGCACCUCUCCAGUGGGGGGUAAUUUCUCUGUUUUCCCCUUCCCUGGCACCUGCCAGCUCGGGGUGCCGCGGAGCUGCUGCUGCUGCUUUUGUUGUUCCUUCCCAAUCCCACCCAAUUUGGAAGGAAAAGUCGUGUUCCUGGUGCCUGGACCCUCCUGGGGAGACGAGGCCUGUUUAUUGUCUUUCCAAAUUGGCACAUUCCCAGGAAAAGCUGCCAGGAACGAGCCCCUUCCUCCCACAGGCUCUGCCCCUUCCUCGGUGCCGGUGUCAUCCCGGCCUUGGGGUCCCAGUUUAGGGGCCACUGGUCCCAGUUUAGGGGCCACUGGUCCUAGUUGGGGGUGUUUGUGCCAGUUUAGGGGUGGUUGGUCCCAGUUCAGGGUGGUCUCUCCCAGCUGGCAGAGCUCUGUCCCCCCUCCCCACUGCUCCCUGUUCCAGCAGGGGCUGGGAAGGAGCUGGGGGCUCCUGUUCCCUGUCCCACCCCUGGCCAGGGACAGCCAUUCCAGGUGUCUGUCCCCUCCAUCUGCCCUCUGGGCUCCUGCAGGAGGAGUUUCCACCAUUCCCUUCUCCCUCACCCCCUGAACACCCCAGGAGGGACAAGCAAUUCCAGCUCCACUGGCCUUUCCUAACUGGUCCCAGCACGAGCCUCUCAGUCCCUGCCAGGGCCACGGGAGGCUGUGGGGACCCACGGAGGCUGUGGGGCCACUCCUGUCCCCCACCACCUCUUUUUCUUUUAUUUUUCCCCUCUUUUUAAUUUUUACUUCCCUCCCCCCCCCCCCCGUGCUCUGCACAAAGAAGACAAAAGGAUUUGCUGGUUUCAGAGGGGGAUUUUUUUUUUUUUUUACAUUUAAAAGGAGGUUACAGAAAGGAUGAGGGGUUGGGAUGGCAGCUCCCCCUCCUUCCCCCCCAUCCUGGUUUUGGGGUCAAUCCUACGUCUCUCCCGCUGUAGCAAUUCCCAGCAGAGAAGCCUCUGGUCACACACUCUGACUUUACCUCUCCCGAGUUUCCUUUGGAGACCGAGCGCCUUUUUUUUCGGUUGUACCUUUGUCUCUGUACAGAUAUUUUGUAAUAUAUUAAAAAUCUUUUUUUUUUUGCCUUUUUUU